UCUGAUUCGAGCGGAACAAUAAUUAAAAAAAAAAAAAAAAAAGUAGAGUGCUUUGGAUAUAGCGAGCGAGGUGAGAUUCCAAAGUCUUCUCCUUUAUCGAGUCACACUGUGUGAGCUUCUUUUCUUUUGAUCUUGGCCCCUGAAUCUUUCCAGCUUCGCCUGAAUUUGCAUAUCUGCUGAGCACUGAAUUAACGAUGGGGGAGGAAGAUACGAAUACGAAGGUCACCGUGGAGCCAACAGCGAAUGGGACCAGUUCUCUUCCGAAGCCUUCAGAUGCAAUCACUGGAAAACAAGCGGUUGAGAAUGCUAGCGGCAAAGAAACACACGAAACCAAGAAAAACGAGGAUGCUGCACCUGAGAAAAUGGAGAUAGAUGAAGAAAAGAAUGAGGGGGGAGAUAAAGAGGCAGAGGCAGAGUCAGAGGCUGCAGAAAAAGAAAAAGAAAACAAAGCUGAGACUGAGAAAACACAAGAGAAGAAUGUGAAGGAAGAAGACAAGGAGCAAGCAGAGAUUGCUAAAACGGAAGAAGAUAAUGGAAAACCGGAAGCUGACAAAAUGGAGGAUGAAGACACAGAUGGCAAGAAGUUGGAAGCUGAUGAUGGUGUUUCUGGAGGUGCUACUGAAGAAGAUACUGAGAUGAAGGAAGCUGUGGUGUCUGAAGAUAAUAAAGACGUAAAGGGUGCUGAAAAUGAAGGGGUGGACAAGAUUGAUGCUACUAAAGGAGGCCAAGAUAAAGCUGAGAAAGAGUCAGAGGAGGAGAAACUAGAAGGAGGGAAAGUAAAUGGAAACGAAGAAGAGGAUAAAGAGGAAGAGAAGUUGGCUGGUGGAGACAAGGAGGACAAUACAGAAGCGGAUGAUGACAAAGAAGAGGCAGCAAAGGAAAAGAAUGAGGGGAAGGAGGAAGAAACAAACAAAGAGGAAGCGGAGGCUGACGCUGAGGUGGAGGAGGCUAAAGUGGAGGACAACAAAACAGAGAGUAAGGAUGAAAAUGAUAAUGAGAAUGAAGAUGUAGAGGAGGACAAGGAAGAUGAUAAAGAAGAGAGCAUGGAUGAGAAAGAAGAUGAAAAAGAAAAGAACAAUGAUGAAACAGAAGGUGGAGAUGAAGAAGAUAGCAAGAAGUCUAGCAAGCGAGAGAAAGGGAAGAAUGAGAAGGCUCGCGGGAAGACACAGAGUGAGAAAGAAAAGAAGGAUACUGAACCUAAGACUCCUUACAGCUCUGAUCGCCCUGUCCGUGAGAGAAAAUCUGUUGAGAGGCUUGUCGCUGUGGUUGAUAAAGAUUCUUCAAAGGAGUUCCAAGUUGAAAAGGGAAAAGGAACACCUCUCAAAGAUAUCCCCAAUGUUGCUAACAAGAUAGCAAGGAGGAAGCCUGAUGAUCUUUUGAAGCUGCUACACACAAUUCUAUUUGGUGGGAGAAGAGGGAAAGCUGCUCAGGUCAAGGCAAACAUAUUGCGCUUUUCUGGCUACAAAUGGCAAGGAGAUGAGGAAAAGGCAAAAGACAAAGUAAAAGAAAAGCUUGACAAAUGCAACAAAGAAAAGCUGUUGGAGUUUUGUGAUCUCUUUGACAUAUCAGUUGGCAAGGCUACAAGAAAGAAGAAGGAAGAUAUUGUUGCGAAGCUGUUUGACUUUUUGGAGAAGCCACAUGCGACUACUGAUGAUCUAGUUAAUGAGGAGGAAGAGAAGAGCGCAAAGCGCAAAAGAACUCCUAAGAAAAGUUCGCAAGCAGCUGGAAGCUCAUCUUCAAAACGAUCAGCAAAGAGCCAAAAAAAGACUGAUGAAGCAACAAGGAGUGACAAAAAGAGCUUAACUCAUUCUGAUGAUGAGUCUGAAGAAGAGGAGGAAGAAGAAGAGAAAGAGGAGGAGGCAGAGGCAGAGGAGGAGGAGAAAGAAGAAAAGAUGGAAGAGGAGGAGAAUGAAAACGGGAUUCCUGACAAAUCGGAUGAUGAGGCGCCUCAGCCUUCUGAAAGCGAGGAGAACGUUGAAUCUGAGGAGGAGUCAGAGGAAGAAACUAAAAAGAAGAAACGUGUUUCUAGGACAGUAUCUGGUGGAAAGAAAGAGUCUGCAGCAGCAGGGAAAUCAAGAAGCAAGAAAGCUGCAGUCUCUGAGAAACCCAGUCCACCACCGAAGAAAGUUACUCAAAAGCGCUCAGCAGGAAAACGCAAGAAGUUUGAUGACGACGACACUGAGACAAGUCCAAAGGCAUCAUCCUCUAAGAGGAAGAAAACUGAGAAACCUGCCAAGGAGCAGUCCUCUGUUCCUUCAAAAUCUGCAUCCAAAGAGAAAGCAGGGAAAAGAGGAGGAAAAGGGAAAGACAAAAACAAGGAACCUAGUGAUGAGGAGUUGAAAACUGCAAUUGUUGACAUCUUGAAAGUGGUGGACUUCAACACGGCCACAUUCAGUGACAUCCUCAAGCGACUAGUUGGGAAGUUUGAUAUCGAUCUCACCUCAAAAAAAUCAUCAAUAAAGCUGAUGAUCCAAGAUGAGCUCACAAAGCUAGCAGAUGAAGCCGAUGCUGAGGAAGGAGAAGAAGAGGAUGCUGAGAAAGAGAGAGAGAAAGCUGGAGGAGGAUCUGGUGGUGGAGAGGAGGUUAAGGUCUGAUCACAGAGCACAUAAAUCUAGUCUUAGCUACUACUUCAUCUUCAAGGGGUCUCUAUCCCUAUUUGCCUAUUGUCAGUCACUAGGCAAAAUAUAUUAGAGAUUGUAAUUUGCUUGUUGUUGUUGCCUGGAGUUGUGUUACAAGCAGGUUUUAUUUUACGUUUGGUAGAGUCUGAGAGAGGAAGAAGCUGAUGAGUGGUGGCUUACUUACCAUAUAAUUAAGCAGCUUCAUUUGUGUAGACGAUUUGACAUAAGCUCCUCUAGGAUUUAUUCCCCAUUUUAAACACCAUUAUGAUUUUUAGGUUUUC